GCUUGCUAAAGACAGUCCAGUCCGCAGGUGGAAAAAUCUGAUGAAAAAAGCCAGGGAUGUAUUUCAGCCCCCCUUUCUUCUACAUCUAUUAAUCUGGCUUAUCCUCCCCCAGUGUUCUGCAUUUCUGUCUGCUAUCUUUGUCUCUCAAUACUCCCGCCAGCCGGAACCCGUGCCAACCCUAACGCAUCUUACAAGCUACUCUAGAUGGCCAACUCCGCAUCCUCUCCUGAAGUUAAAGCCGCGUUAGAUCGCGCCAGAGAUAACCAAGGCGACACCGCAGCAGUGGCUUUGCUCGAGACUGCCGUCGGGAAGCUAUGGGAACGCAUCAAGAGGGAGCCCGAAUAUGUGCUCACUCGCGAGGAAUUCGCUCUGUUCAACUAUUUUAUCUAUCGCUAUGGGAAGCUACCUGAAGGCCGAAGAGCCGUGGAGCAAUUUUGGAACCAUUACAACCCGAACAACUCGGCAUCCAACGGGAGCAAGACAUAUAUAUUCUAA